UCAAAAAGUUGAACUAAUCAUGGAGAACGUGGAAAACUUCAUUAAAAGCAUUCCAGGUAUGGGGCAAUAUUUCGGUGGAUAUUUUGGUGGCGAGUCGCAGCAAAAAUUGCUCUUCGUGCCCGAUGCUGAUAACAACCCUGAUACGGAUUACGAAAUAACGGAACCUGCGCUCUUUCGAUUCUUACUCAACGAAGAAACUACGGAACAAUGCAAAGAGGUUCAAGCUGUAUUACCCGACAUGCUGAACGUUUUAAAAGACAUAAAAAAAGAGUCGAAAAUCACCGAGUUCGAAGCCCACCAAAGCAGCAUAGACAUGAUGAAAGAUUUCAAAGGAGCCUUUCACGUUUUCAUCCUCUUCAAAACGACAAGUGAAACAGAUGGAGUCUACUGGUGGUCCCUCGAAAAAAACCGGGACUACAUCGUCUUGCAACGAUCCCGUAACAAAGAUGACGUCAAGAACCAGUGUUAUGGAGAAACGCGAAGAAAAGUGAAACCCAUUGUCGAAAAGUUGGCGGGAAAAGGUAGGAUUGACGAUCUUUUUGCAAUGCUUUGGGUCAAUCAGAUGAUUCCGGAAGAGUACCACAUUAGGAAAUCCAACUGUCAGUCCUUUGUCACUUUCGUCAGCAAACGAAUAACUGAAGAAGAAUACGAAUACAAGGGGUAUUUCGAAUACUUUCCUCCCGAAAACGACCGCAACGUCAAAAUGUUGGAUUUAUUAAAAAUCUUGACGAUAGAAUCCCAUCCGCUAUUGAGUCUUAUCAAUUAUGAAAAUACCGAUCUUCUCGACAAGGUAAUAAAGAGUGGGAAAUACGUCAUCGAUGCCCUUCACAGCGGAAUUACUCCGCUCCACUUUGCGAUUGCCAUGUCAAAAACCAAAGUGGUAGAAUAUCUUCUACAAAACCAAAAUGCCGAUCCCACAACGCGCGGCCAAUACGGAGGAAGUGCACUACAAAUGGCGGCCUUGUUCACUACGAAAACGGAGAUCAUCGAUUUGAUUCUAGCUCACCCCAAGGUCAAGCUUGACGAUGUAGACGAAAACGGAGACACGGCUCUUCAUGCUGCCGCUGAUUCAUCCAACGUCAUUGCCGUCAAACACUUGAUAAACAAAGGAGCCCAUCCCAACAUAUUAGACGUAGACGGUCUGUCUCCUCUUCAUGUGGCAGCCAGGAACAGAAACGGUAACCCUAUCAUCGAUCUCCUCCUGGAAGCUCAAAAAGUCAAAGGCAUGGGCGGCGGUGUGGACGAUGCCAAUGAAAAAGGAAUGACGGCCCUUCAUUACGCCGCCUUCGAAUCCAAUGAAAUCACGGCCGAGCAUUUGAUCCAAAAGGGCGCCGAUCCCAAUAAUCCAGACAAAGGUGGUAUUACUCCACUUCACUAUGCUGCACUCGGUGCAAAGGACAUGAACAUCAUCGACUUAUUAUUGCUGAACAUAAAAGAUGAAGAGAUCGGCCAGUACAACAACAACCAAAUACUUUUCUUUGGCGCCAAGACUAACAAGCACGGACUGCAGGCGAAAAUAGUUGCUCGGCUGGCGGAAAAAGGCAUAGCUACAGAAGACGAACCUGAAAAUAGGACUGGCAACUUUUACAAGGUGUUUGAAGAAUUGGACGAGGCAACAGGAGCUGUGACUCGCCGAUUCGCAAAGGAAGACGAAGACGCUGCCGAUCCUUCAACAAUGAACUUUGCCCAACUGUAUGGAUGUUGGAUAGCAGGAGCAAAGACUUUACAAGAAGUGGAGGAAAUCCUGAAAGAAAGAAACUACAAUAUCAAUGACCGCGAUCAAAACGGGGAAACUGCUCUUCACUUGACAUGCAAAGCCGCAAACGUGGACAUUGCUCGCUACUUGCUGGAAAAUGGAGCCGAUCCAACGGCACGCGACAACGACGGCCUCACUCCACUUCACAUAGCGGCGGCAUACAUUUCAGAUUCUGACAUUUUCGAUUUACUACUUGUGGCAAAUCGAAAUGUCGACAUUGACGCAAGUGACGAAUCUGGAAUGACUGCCCUUCAUUUCGCAACGGCGACAUCCAACGUGACUUGUGCUCGCUUCCUCUUAUCAAACGGAGCCAAUCCCAACACUCGAAAUCAAAAUGGAUCCACUCCACUUCAUUUUGCUGCUAUGUUCGCCAAAGACAUGGACAUUGUCGAAUUACUCGUCAAUCACAAAGACGUGGAUGCUGUCAACUGCUUGGACAAUAGUGAACUAAACGCGCUAAUGCAUUGCGCAACAUUCAACGAGAACGGCCACGGCGAAAGAAUUGUUAAUCUUUUGAGAGAGAAACGUGCCUCGGCGGAAGAAAGAAACAUCUUGAACGGAUCGCUCAUAAUCUGGGACGGUGACCAGCCGGAUCGUGAAGACGUGCAACACUUUUACCUCUCUCACAGGGAGAGGAUGCUGGGGAGUCGGGAAAAAGAAGGUCAAAGUGUGGAUUACGUAGACUUCUUCAACGACGACAAAGUGAAAAUCGAGGACAAAAUCGAGAAAAUGUUUCUAAUUCGUCUAGAUAACGCAAUGGCAAAUUCGGACGUGGGAAAGGUUCGCCACCUGAUAGAAAUGGGAGCAGAGCUCAGCAAAGCGACUUGGGGAGGAGGAAGGAAUGCCCUUCAUGCGGCAUCAAAAUACGUGACCAAAACGGAACUACUCGACGUCAUUCUGGCAACCGGAAUAUUCGAUGUCAACAGUCGCGACGAAAAUGGACACACUGCUCUUCGUUUUGCCGUAGACGCCAACAGCGUAGAGAAUGUUCGCCACUUACUGGAACAAGGAGCCGAUCCCACCAUUAGCGACAACGACGGCUUCACUCCAUUUCAUAUGGCAGCGGCAUUCAAUAAAGAUUCCGAGAUUCUCAUUUUACUCAGCCUGGCAACUGAUGGCAAUACAUUUGAGAUGGACGAAAGAAACAAAUUUGGAUUGACUGCCCUCCACCUGGCUACUUAUGCAUCCAACGUGACUGCCGCUCGCCUCCUCUUAUCAAACGGAGCCGACCCCAACGUCACUGACAAAAACGGAGCUACUCCACUCCAUGUGGCUGCCAUUUUUGCUAAAGACAUGCAAGUCGUCGAGUUACUCGUGAAUCAUCCCGACGUCGAUGUCAACUGCUUGGACAACUGGGGAAGAAAUGCGCUAGAUCACGCAAGAAAAAACACGAACGGACAGAGUGACAAAAUUUCAGAAUUGUUGAAAGAAAAAGGCGCAGUGGAAACAGAAGUAGAAAACAAGCCGGAGAAAGUAGAGAAGGCAGCAUUGGCUCUAAGGAACGCCAUCACCGAUUCGGAGGUCGAAACGAUUCGCAACUUGUUAACAACAGCACAAGGAUUAGAUAUUAUUAGCGCUGUGAUCUGGGGAGAAGAAGGAAUGAAUGCACUUCACUUGGCAUCACGUCAUGCAAAGACGACGGAUGUCAUCGACGUCGUUCUCGAAACUGGGAAAUUCGACAUCAACGGAGUCGACAACGAUGGAAAAACACCUCUCCACUACGCAGUCGAGGGAUCUGAUCGUGCAAUUAUUGUUCCUCACCUGAUUGAAAAGGGAGCCGAUCCCAACAUUGGUGAAAAAGGAGGAAUAACUCCAGUUCAUGUGGCAGCAGCGUUGAAUAGAGACUUGGAUAUUCUCGAUCGUCUAGUCUCAGCAUAUGAAAAUGUCAAUGUAAAUCAAUGUGAUUGUGAUGGUUUAACUGCCCUACAUUCGGCCGCCCUAGCAUCCAACGUGACAGCCGCUCGCAUUCUCUUAUCGAAAGGAGCUAACCCCAACGCUGCUCUUCAAAAUGGAGUCACUCCACUUCAUUUGGCGGCCAAGUUUGCCAAAGACAUUGACAUCGUUGAGUUACUCCUCAAUCAUGAGGACACAAAUGUCAACUACUCGGACAACAUUGGACGCAAGGCGCUAGAUUACGCAACGAUCAACGAGAGCGGGCUCGGUGAAAGAAUUGUCAAUCUGUUGAAAGAAAAAGACGCCGUGGACGAGGCAGGAAUAGAAAACAAAUCGGAAAACAUUGUAGCAUUGGUAUUUAACGCAAUCAAAAAUUCGAACGUGGAAACGACUCGUAACUUGAUAGAAAAUGGAUAUGAUAUCAGCACUGCGACUUGGGAAGAAGGAAUGAAUGCACUUCACUUGGCAUCAUAUUACGCAGAGACGACCGAUCUCAUCGACGUCGUUCUUGAAACACGGAAAUUCGACAUCAACGGAGGCGACAACAGUGGAAGGACACCUCUCCAUUACGCAAUCAAUGGGACGAGCCAUGCAAUCAUUGCAUGGGUUCAAAGGAGAACGGACCCCAACAUUUUUGACACUAAGAAUGAUGCAAGGACUUCAAUCCAUCACAUUACGGCAAAUAACGAGACCGACAUGGAUUUCAUUCGGGAAAUAAAUGCCAACAGAAAUGUUAUUGUUGGUUAUUUGAUGGGAAAAGGAGCUGAUCCCACUAUACGCGACAACCAUGGCAUCACUGCACUUCACGUGGCAGCGACAGGCAUUACGAAUACCGAUAUUCUUGAUUCACUUCUGGCAAACGGAAAAUUAGAUGUAAACGACAGCAGCAAAUCUGGAUUGACUGCCCUCCAUAUGGCAGUUGCAGAACAUAACGUGACUGCCACUCGCUUCCUCUUAUCGAAUGGAGCCAACCCCAACGCUGCCGAAGAAAAUGGACUCACUCCACUCCAUGUGGCGGCCAAUUAUGCAAGGGACAUGGACAUUAUCGAACUACUCCUUAAUCACAAAGACGUAAAUGUCAACUAUUUGAACAAUAGAGGACAAAAUGCACUACACUGCGCAAGAAACAAUUUUCACGGGCUCGGCGAAGCCAUUACCAAUUUGUUGAGGGAAAAAAUGGCCGGGAAGGCAGAAGGAAACAACCACGAACCGGAGAACAUUACUGCAUUGGUACCACCAGGUCGCAUCAAAGAAGAUUCGGACAUAAAGACGAUUCGUUUCUUGAUUGAAAGUGGACAAGAUAUUAGCGCGAUGACGUGGGGAGAAAACGGAUCGAACGCACUUCAUCUGGCGGCAGCUAAUGCAAAGACGACCGAUGUCAUCGACGUCAUUUUGGAAACGGGAGAAUUCGACAUCAACGGAGGUGACAACGAUGGAAGAACACCUCUCCAUUACGCAAUUAAGAGACCCGACCCUGUUACAAUCAACGCUCGACGUCUGAUUAAACUGGGAGCCAAUCCCGGCAUCGCUGACAAGAACAGAGUCACCCCUCUUCACAUGGCCGCAAGGAAUGCAGAAUCGAUGGAUCUCAUCGAACUACUCCUCAAUACAGAAGCGGUGGACGUGAAUUGUGUCGACAAACAAGGACGGACUCCUCUCGAUUGUGCUCGGGCCAACAAACACGGACUAGGUGAGAAGAUUAUCGCUCGUCUGACCGAAUAUGACCAAAAGGAAUGCAGGAGCACCGCCCAUAAUCCGGAGAUGAGCGGAGGUGAGCGGAGGUGAGCGGAGGAC